GAAAUUGUAACCACACCUAUAUUUUGUUUUGGCCUAAUGUAAUAACAAUGGCUGCAUACAGUAAAACCACCCAUAUAGAACAGACACCUGUCUGUAAAUGACAUAUUUGGGAGUUUCUUUUGUGUGACAUCUAUAUAUAGAAGUUUGACUAUAGUAUGUUAGACUACACUGUAUGAACCCAUAAAAUAUGCUAUACUCCUGCUCUGCAUAAAUUUAAGUUACAUGACCCAAGUAAAAAUCUCAAGUGACCUUUUUGUUCAAAUAGGUUUCCAAGUCAAGGAAGCGUGGUGGGAGUCAGCCAGGUUGCUGUGACUUAAUUGUAUGCUCUUUAUGAGGCCAAUGUUGUUCAUUUAUUGGCAAAAUGGUGCCUCAUGUUGAGAUCACACCUGUGUGUGCCUAAAAAUGGCAGCAGCAUUUCCAUCAGAUGCAAUGCCUACAGAUGAAGGUAUAUGUUCAAUUUGCAUCCAGCCGCUCAGGGAUCCAGAGAAACUAACUUGCAACCAUGCGUUUUGUAGACAGUGCCUUGAAAGAGUGCAGCUUACGAGUAACUCAGGUAGCCGAAGUCACAGUGAUUGCCCGAUGUGCAACUGCGAAUUCUCGAUCGGCGGCUCAGGAAUCGAUGCGCUUCCGUCCGGCUUCCUCAACCUGCUGCAUGGCGUCGACGCGCAUGACGAGGAGGAGCUGCAGAACGGCUUGGAGAAGUGCCAGCUCAACCUCGCCGGCGUGCACAACGGCAGCAGCCACCGGCCUUGCGACGCCUGCGCGGACGGCCGCGGCGCCGACUACCUCUGCAAGGACUGCGUCAAGUACAUGUGCGGCGGCUGCGUGUGCGCGCACGUGCGCACGUGCACGAGCAAGGAGCACUACAUCGUCUCGCUCGCCGACGACGACGGCGGCGGCAGCAGCGGCGGUCGACCGACCGAUCUCCUCCCCUCGCGGGGCUUCGCAGUGGAGUCGUCAGGGUCGUCUUCGUCGUCGCGGCGACGCGCACGCACGUGCGCGGCACACGACGGCGAGGUCCUGCGGCUGUACUGCGAGACGUGCGCGGCGGCAAUCUGCGGCGACUGCACGGUGAGCACGCACGGCGGCCACAGCUUCGUCUACCUACAGGACGCCGUCGCCGAGGCGAGCGCUGCCGCCGCGCGCCUUGUUGCGGACGCCGCUGGCGGGGCACGCGCGAUCGAGGACGGCGCGCGCGGCGCAGCGAUGAUGGCCGACCGCGUGGAGGCGCGCGCGCAGGCCGCCGCCGCCGAGGUGCGCGCCAUCGUGCGGCGGCACGUCGCCGCUCUCGUCGAACGCGAGCGCGACCUGCUGUGCCGCAUCGAGCGCGUGCGGCAGGUGAAGGGUCGCUCGCUGCGCGCACAGCUUGGCAGCCUGCGCGCACAGCUCGCGCACGUCGCGCGCGCCUCGGACGACGCGCGGCGCGCGCUCGCCGACGGCGACGAAGUUGACGUGCUGGCGGCGCGGGACGCGAUUGCGGCCGCCGUUAAGCGCGUGAAGGCGCUCGCCGCGCACCUGCAGCCACACGAGGACGACGCGAUCGCGUUCACGCCGCCCGAUGCCGCGCUCUACAACGCCGUCAGCUCGCUCGGCACGGUGAGCAGCGGCGCCUACGCCCCAAACGCGCUCGCGAGCGGCGAGGGCCUGCGCUCGGCGCUGCGCGGCAAGGUCGCGACGUUUGUCGUGCACGCGAAGGAUCACUACGGGGACGCGCGCGCGAUGGGCGGCGACCCGAUCAACGUGCUGUGCGAGGCGCCGGAUGCAAGCGUCUACAGCGGCGACGUGUGCGACCAGCACAAUGGCUCCUACGUGAUCACCUACUGCCCGCCGAUGGAGGGCGCGCACCGCGUGCACGUCACCAUCCGCGGCAACCACAUCCACGGCAGCCCGUUUGCGGUGAGCGUGCGCAGUGGCCGCACGUACGCGUCGGUCGGUCAGGACGCGUUCCAGUUUGGCGAGGAGGGUGACCAGGACGGACAGCUGUGUCGGCCGUGGGGCAUCUGCACGGACAAGUAUGGGCACGUCGUUGUGGCAGAUCGCAGCAACAACCGCAUUCAGGUUUUUCACCCCGAUGGGAAAUUCUUGCAUAAAUUUGGCUCGCCGGGCACUCACAGCGGUCAGUUUGACCGACCGGCCGGCGUCGCGUGCAACCUCAACAAUCACAUCGUCGUCGCCGACAAGGACAACCAUCGCGUUCAGCUGUUCACGCUCACGGGCAUGUUUAUCGCCAAGUUCGGCGAGCGCGGCAGCAAGAACGGCCAGUUCAACUACCCGUGGGAUGUCGCCGUGAACACCAACGGUCAGAUCCUCGUCUCAGACACGCGCAACCACCGCAUCCAGCUGUUCUCGGCCGACGGCGCGUUCAUCAACAAGUACGGUUUUGAGGGUGCCCUUUGGAAGCACUUUGACUCGCCGCGCGGUGUCACGUUCAACCGCGACGGCCACGUGAUCGUCACCGACUUCAACAACCACCGGCUGCUCGUCAUCCAGCCCGACUUCCAGUCAGCACGCUUCCUCGGCCAGGAGGGCAGUGCCAACGGGCAGUUCAUGCGGCCGCAGGGCGUCGCCGUCGACCAGGAGGGCAACAUGAUCGUCGCCGAUUCGCGAAACCACCGCAUACAGAUUUUCCAGCCGAGCGGAAACUUCCUAUGCAAGUUCGGCAACAACGGCACAGCCCUCGGCCAGAUGGACCGGCCGUCCGGUGUCUGCGUCACGCCUGACGGUCGCAUCGUCGUCGUCGACUUUGGAAACAGUCGCAUUCAGGUAUUGUGAGCAAACGAUUGCCGUUUGGAGGCUCUCAGGGCUCCUGGAGGUGCGCGAUGUCCGUGAUGUCAAAUAUGGUGAUAAUUUUUGUCAGUAAAGCAUCGGUACGCACACUUUCGUUCCUCACGGGCAACCACCUGCCUUGCUACAUCUCACUCAUUCAUCGUAAUACUGGUAAUGUCAAUUUAAAAUAGCUGCAAUAGUUGCGCAAGCAUUUCAAGCAUGUCCAAGUAUACGGAAAUAUUGCACCGUGAUCACUGUGUGGAUUGCAGCUGCCCAGAAUUUUGGCAAUAAAUGUUAACUGUACAUCAAGUUCCUAAAGUACCUUACAGUCUGCUACAAUUGUGUCUGCAUAUCUGCCUAGCUGUUGAUUGCAAUGGUUUUGUAUCGAGGUAUGCUAUGCAGCGUCCACGUGUUUAACACAAAGGCAGUCACAUGAUGGUGAUUUCUCUCACCACCCCUUCCUCAGCAGCAGUGCAAUAAACUGAACAGUAGUGUUGUAAACAUCCAGGUAGCAUGCACAAGUCUGCUUGGGUAAGUAGUGUGCACCUGUGCAAGAUGGUGGGGUUUCAUUAAUUAGUUGGGACACACUCGCCUUCUGUCUGCACUCAGGUAUAGUUGAAACUGGAGGGUUGAAAAUGCUAUCAAUUUCAACAGUAUCUGCUCUGCAUUCGCAAUUUAAACUAACCUUCAAAACGCAAACGGGUUACAGUUUAUAUAUGUAUAUGUGUAUAUAUAUAUAUCAAGAGCUUAUAAUAGAGAAGAGUAUGACAC